GUGUUUUCAGUUUUGCUGUGGUUACAAGAGGCUAUUGCUCUGCUGUCCUUGGCUUAUUUCGUGGUCGUCAGUCAGGCGCGUCAUAUCGUGGCAACCGUGGCUCCUUUUCCACUGUGAAGGAUAAUGUUGGCAACAAUCACAUUAGCAAUUUCUCUGCUAGUAGUCGGAACAAAUACUUACGUGGCUCUUGCAGUUACACCCAAGGCUGUGUACUACCAUUCAAUUGGAACUAUCAGCUCAAGCAUCUCAAGCACUUUUGCUGCUCGUGAUGGAGUUUCUAAAGUGAGGUGUUUUGCUAUGUGCACAGAAAUGAACUGCUUGAUAGUGGGCUAUGGAGUUCUGAAUGAUGGCACCCAGCACUGCCGCAUUCUAAGCGGAGCGGCUGUUCCCACGAGCAUUUAUGUUCCUUUGCAGGUUGUAUCCAGCUUUCUGACAAUAUAUGUCCCAACCAACUCUACCCUGAUCUUUGUCCAGAAGCCAUAUGCACUGCUCAUAAAGCUCACAAAUUCUGCUUAUUGGUCGACAACAAGAGACACCUGCAGAAAUAUGGGGCUCGGGUUAUACAGCCCAGCGUCCACUUCAGAAAUACAGGGACUGGCCAGUACAUACAAUUCUUACUGGAUAGGGACAAGUGACGUUGCCGUGGAGGGCACCUACAGGUCUGAGGAUGGCUCCACUAUCCCUGUUCCUGGACCCCUCUGGUGCUCUGGCGAGCCAAACAACGGUAAUUCAGUCGAAGACUGCAUACAUACAAUUCCCUCUAAUUGCCUUAAUGAUGCGCCUUGCUCUAUGAAUAAGCUCGGAUUCUGUAUUGUGGGAAAAUGAAGUUGAGCAAACACGUAGCAUCACCAAACAACCUUGAUAACGACCCUCUCGAGUUUGCCAAAGAAAAUACCGACGUUGGUUUCUAACCCGGUAGUUUUAUUGUUUUUGAGAAGUACCAUAAAAAAAAUUUCAGACAACCACGGUGAAAAAUCGCAAAAAGUUGUCAUUCAAAGGAAAUACAAGAUGUAUGACGUCAAUAUACAUGAUCCACUAGUUGUAUUUUAUUUUAGUAUGGUAUUGGGAUAAAUGAUGAAGUUCCAGUAGGACACAAAGAAACGUAAGCUAUUUGAACUGUUGAUUACAACAUACAAAUGUUUAUUGUACUUUGUAAUCAAGGAGUCAUAAUUGGAAAUGUCAAACAAGAUUUAUAUUUUUUCGUUCUACUGUAACCAAAUUACCUGUCGCAAUGCUGCUGUCCCCGUAGAGGGGUAAUGCUGUCAGUGCACUAUAGGAAUUACUAAAGGUUGUUUCAGGGUCCCUUUCACCCCUACCUACACUAAAUUAUUUAACCUUUUACUUUACUUCCCUUCCCGCUUUCUUCUUUCAUCCUUGUUGUCCAUCAACUAACUCCAGUUCCCUCUUUUCACUGGCUUUAGCGCUGAAUGGCUGAAAGUGCCCAAGUGCGUGGAUAUACUAUAGCCAAAUUUUCAUAAAUUAGCACCAACGCUGCUGAACGAUGUAAUCAGUGACUCAGUCAACGUGAUCAAACACGGGUUUUUGAAAAGUGCCUUUGCGUGCCUUCUACGUCCGUAUCAUACUCAGAAGAACAAGGUUUCACAAUGAGGUUGUCUUAGUUUCAUUGAAUUUAUAUGGGCUAAGUUUGCCAUUCUUUUCCAUUGGUUUCGUUACAUUACUCACAUUCUCUUUCGGCCCAUGUGAAAGAUCUGUAGAUUUAUGUUUCAAUAGUUCAAUGUUGAAUAGUAUGGAAUUAAACUACACAGCAAUUCUGAGAAAAGACAGAAUCCUUCUCAUUAGGAAUUACUGAUAAUUAGAUUAUUAUCAGGAAAUUGAUAUGAAAAACACAUAAUUAAUAUCACAUCACUCAUUCAUCCACAAAGAUAUUUUAUGCAUAUCUUAAACAAACACGCACACGC